UAAAACAAACAUAAAAUAUACUGGGGACAUGAAAAUGACUGUUUUUGUUAGAAUGACCUAUAUAUAGAAUUAGCGCAUAAGCUGCAAAUUUCGAAGAUCAAUUUUAAGUCAAUUUAAACAAACUCAUCCCUAUUUUCAAAAUUUUACAGGUUCCUACAAAAAAAGGUUUAAUGGAGAACACCAUCGCUUUUGACUGGGAAAUUGCUGAAAAGUUUGGUCCCACACAAAGUAUGAUAGAGUCAUGUGAAAAAAUAUAUGAAUCUGGAGAAAGUUGGAGAUUUAACUGCUCAAUUCGCAAAUUCCCAUUAUUGAUAAAAGGAUAUCCAGCUUACUGCUAUACUAUAGAGUCUCAACUUGGUCAACCGGAAUCUGAAGAUGAUAUUUUACCUAAUAACUUUUAUUUCAAAAUUGAACUGAAUAAUUUCCCUUCCGAGUAUUUCAAGCAUUUAGACGAAAUUUUCAUUUUUGCGGGAAUUCACAAUAGAAGGCAAUUAAUAAAUCCACAGAAGGAAGGUGUUAUUUUGAAAGGAGGAUACGAUUAUAAAAUCCACGUGUCUAUGAAGCAAAUUGAAAGGCUAGCUUUUCCUUACAAUACAAAUUGUACCGAUUAUUUAAAGCUGUGGAAACAAAACAACGGGUUUGGCCCUUUAAAUCAAGAUACUUGUAUAGAGUAUUGCAAAUUGAAAAAGCUAAAAGCAAGAGGCUUGUGCGUUGACGAAUUCACUUUCUAUGAACCACAUACCGAAAAAGUCUGCUCCGUAACAACUACAGAAACUACUACAUAUGAAAUGAAUAAGCACUGUAGUAUGGAAUGCCAGCCUGCUUGUCUGGAACAGGAUUAUGAAAUGGAAUAUGAAGAAGCUGAUCUAGAAACAAAAGUCAAAGGGGACAUUGAGUUGUUCAGUUACAUUGGAGGGUAUAUAGGAAUAUGGUUAGGAAUCAGCUUUGUAUCUAUAUGCGAUCUUCUGGAAUCAUUAUGCCAGCUAUUUUGUUACACAAUCAAGACGAAACCAUAAUUGUAUGAAUUAUGACGCUAAAAUGAUUUAUAAUUAUUGUUUUUCAUUGAUCUAUGCUUUACCUGAAUUGUUAAAAAAUAUAUCAUAAAUAUUGCUUAAUUCAGUGCUAAAUUGAUUUGGUAUUAGUAAUGUGAUCAAAUUAAUUUAUGCUAAUAUUGUAUUCAAAUUAAUUUCGUGUUAAUAUUGUAUACAAUUCAAAAAAUACUAUAGCAUAUUAUAAAUCGAUUUUGGUUCAUAAUCUGAAUCACCAUACGAAAUAACUAUUUUGAAUUACUUAUAUAAGUUACAAGAAUAAAAUUCAAAUUGCUUGUUGCA